GAAACGUCCAAAUUGUUCCACAUCGACCGAUUUUGGGUCGCCCGCGGCGUUUAAAGUUGAACGCCGCUGGCGGGGUCGCCGCUGGCGGGGUCGCCGCCGGUCGACACAACACGAACCUACCGUAGCCUUUGUGACUCAAGCUGCUUAAUUGACUCCAGUGUUUCGCUCUGCGUCGUACUCUCCCGCGAACAUGUCAGGGUUUGUCAUGCAGCGCUCUCAGUCAAUGAUGAUCAGUGACGAAACUUUAGGGUCGAUUGGCGAAGCGCUCGACAGCCGGCAUUUCCGUGCCGCGCUCCAAGAAAGGCUUGCUGUUGUCGAGUCCGUAAGCGUCGACAGCAGGGAGAAGAUCGGGGUGCACGUGAGCGGCUUUACUUUGGCGAUCUGCGCUGGAAUGGUCAACGCCGUGGCAUUUGCACAGUUCGGCACGUACGUCAGCCACGUUUCCGGCUCUUCCACUGCGAUCGGGCUCCGCCAGUUCGGAGACCAGGAGGGGGACGUGCCGACGCCAGCGCUGCUCGUUCUCGACUUCGUCAUCGGAUCAAUCCUGUGUGGCCUGCUCAUCCCCAAAGCGACGCUCAAGCUCGGCAAGGCGCCGUACUCGUCCGCCCUUAUGCUGCUCGCGCUCAUCAUGGCCACCCCGACGCUCGUGACCGGCUACGGCAUCCUGGGCGCGCACCUCCUGGCCCUCGGCUGCGGCCUCCAGAACGGGCUCUGUUCGUCCUGGAGCGGGAACGUCAUCCGCACGACGCACAUGACCGGGACGGGCACGGACCUCGGCCUGGCCGCGGGCCGAAUCCUUUCCAGGUUCCUGACGAAGCGUCUGUCCGUCAGCAACUUUGCGCCUGAGGACUGGGAGGAGCACACCGUGGACAGGAACAAGGUGCUCCUCAUGUCUCUGCUGCUCGCCGGCUUCAUCGGGGGCGCUUACGCAGGCACGAUCAUGUACAACGUCUGCGGGCUCUUCACGCUUCUUAUGCCUUCGUGCCUCUACUGCGGCCUCGCCGUCGUCCACGCCCUCUUCGUCCGCUCCCAGAAGGAGAGCAUCAACAAGUCGGCGGCUCUGGAGGCGCAGUUCGAGCGGCAGCUGAGCGGAGCCAGCGACGGCUUCGGGCGGCAGCUGAGCGGAGCGAGCAGGCAGUCCAGGCAGUCCAAACUCCUCGGCGACAUCAAGGAGGAGGAGGAGGACACGUCCCUGGCCGCGGCGUAGCCAGAGCGCCGUGGGCACAGCCUCCUCCUCGCCACUGUCGCCGCCUCCCUUUGCGCGGGGGAGACGAGAGACGGGAACGCUUGGGGUGGGGGACGGGUCUUUCCCCAGUCGUGAGGGUUGGAGUGCUUCUGGUUCCCAGCUCUCGCCGUGUUUUCGGUAGCAAGUUCUCCAGCCCGGCG